CGGCCAAGAUUGUGAGCCUCUGUGUCUGGUCCUUGGUCACAGUCAUCAUCCUGCCCUUCACCGUCUUUGCCAAGAUCCACAAGGAGCAGGGCCGCUCCCAGUGCGUCUUUGUGUUCCCCCACCCCGAGAGCGGCUGGUGGAAAGGCAGUCGGAUCUACACUCUUGUUUUAGGCUUUGCCAUCCCAGUGUCCACCAUCUGCAUCCUCUACACGACCAUGCUGUGCAGACUGAGACGUGUGCACCUCCGCUGCAACGCAAAAGCCCUGGACAAGGCCAAGAGAAAGGUGACGCUGAUGGUGGUUGUCAUCCUGGCCGUGUGCCUGUCCUGCUGGACGCCCUAUCACCUGAGCACAGUGGUGGCCCUCACCACAGAUAUCCCACAGACUCCACUCGUCAUUGGCGUUUCCUACUUCAUUACUAGCCUGAGUUAUGCCAACAGCUGCUUCAACCCUUUCCUGUAUGCCUUUCUGGAUGACAAUUUCCGGAGGAGCUUUCGCAAACUGAUGGAUUGCAGAAGCACCUCCUAA